AUGGUAUCAAAAUGUCGAGACUACCAUCAUCCAUUCAAACCAUAUGACAUUCAAAGGCAAUUAAUGGAUGCUAUCUAUGAAACAAUUGAAAAUGAUUAUAAAAUAGGUAUAUUUGAAAGUGCAACUGGUACGGGAAAGACGUUAUCAAUUAUAUGUUCAACAAUGACUUGGCUUAGAAAUUACAAGAAAAAUAAUAUUUUUGAUCAAAAGAAUAAUACUUUAGAUGUAAACGAUGAUGAAAGUGAUGAGGAUGAGCCAGAGUGGGUCAAAGACGAGUAUAGAAGAACUAUUGUUGAUAAAAGUAAAAAUAAAUUGAAAGAGUAUGAAAUACAUUUGGAUGAAGUUGAGAAGAAUUUUAUGAACAAUAAGAGAUAUGAUACAAUAAUUGAGGAUAAGGUUAAACGAAAGAAACAAAAAAGUCAGGAACAAGAGGACGACGAAUCUUUUUUACCAAAUGACUAUAAUGAUUCUGAUUUAAUUCAGUCGAAAAAUUUCAAAAUUAAUCAAGAAAUUAACAAAUUAAUCAAAAAUUCUGAAGGUGAAGAAUCAAUUGAACAUGUAAAUAAUUGUCCCACGAAGAUAUUCUUCUCAUCAAGAACUCACUCACAACUAAAUCAAUUUUCAAGCCAACUACGACUAACUUCAUUUAAUGCAUCAUUUGAUGAAAUGACGGAACGGACAAAGUAUUUACCGUUAGGUUCAAGAAAACAACUUUGUAUAAAUGACAAAAUCAAUAAAAUAUCCAACAAAAAGGGAGAUCAGUCAAUUAAUGACGCCUGCAUUGAUUUACAAAAAUCUAAAGAUGGUUGUUCAUACUUGACUAAAAAUGACAAAUCAUUGGUAAAAGAAUUUUCAGAUUUAAGCUUAGCCAAGAUUAGAGAUAUUGAAGAAUUAGCUGAAUUAGGAUCGGAUUUAAAAACUUGUCCAUAUUAUUCAGCUAGAGAUAGUAUUGAAGCAACUGAAAUUGUAUCAUUGCCUUAUCAACUAUUAUUUCAAAAGGGAAGUAGAAAAGUAUGGGAUUUGAAUAUAAAAGAUUCUAUUAUUGUUAUUGAUGAAGCUCAUAAUAUUAUUGAUAUCAUCACUUCAUUAUAUUCAGUGAAAAUUACAGUCACUCAAUUAAAUCAUGUUAUUAAGUCAUUAAAUUUUUAUCUCAAGAAAUUUGCAAAACGAUUGAAUAGCAGUAAUCGAAUACAAAUCAUGAAAUUAACAAAAAUAUGUAAAAUUUUAAUGGAAUUUAUAAGUCAAAAAUCAGAUGAAAAAAUAGGGAAAGAGGUUACUGUAAGUGAAAUAUUCACAGAUUCAACAGGAGACUUAGUUAAUAUUCAUAAACUUGAUGAGUUUUUGGUUAAAACAAAAUUAGCUUACAAAAUAGAAUCUUAUAUGUCUAAGAUUGAUGAAACUUAUAAAAAUCAAUCAACUCCUUUACUUUUUGAAGUUAUUAAAUUUCUUCAAUGUUUUAAUAACACUAGUAAAGAAGGGAAAUUGUUUUGGGAUAAAUCAAAUAACGAAAUUUCAUUAAAUUAUAUGCUACUUGAUCCAAGUUUUAUUUUCAAAGAAUUAGUAGAUGAAGCUAAAUGUGUUUUACUUUGUGGUGGUACAAUGGAACCAAUGAAUGAAUUUAUGGAUUAUUUAUUUCCCUUUGUUCCUGAAAAUAAAAUUAAUAAGUUUGCAUGUGGACACAUUAUACCUGAUGAAAAUUUGAAAGUAUUCACCAUCGAUAGUUAUCAUGGAGAAUUUGAAUUUCUGUUCAAUAAAAGACAUGAUCUAAAACAAAUUUCAAACCUUGGUCAAUUUAUAUUACAAGUUUGUAAAAAUGUUCCAUAUGGAGUAGUUGUAUUUUUCAGCAGCUACAAAUAUCUAGAAACAGUUAUUGAGUGUUGGAAGAAGACACCUGUUUAUUCACAGCUAUCAAAUAUUAAGCGAAUUUUCCAAGACUCUUCAAACACUUCAAGAGUUGACAAUGUUUUAAAUGAUUAUUCAGAAGUAAUAAACAAUCAAAGAAAAGGAGCAAUAUUAUUCUCAGUGGUUGGUGGUAAAAUGUCAGAAGGUAUUAAUUUUUCAGAUGAUCUAGCAAGAGCAGUAAUGAUGAUUGGAUUACCAUACCCCAAUGCAUUCAGUGGUGAAAUAAUAUCAAAACGAAAUUACAUCGAAUCACAAGUUAUUGCUAAUGGAGGAACUAUUGCAUCAGCUAAACAGAAAUCUUCAGAUUAUUAUGAAAAUUUAUGUAUGAAAGCUGUUAAUCAAAGUAUUGGAAGAAGUAUAAGGCAUGCUAAUGAUUAUUCUUUGAUAUAUCUUGUUGAUAAAAGAUUUAAAAAUACAAAGAUACAAAAUAAGUUAAGUAAAUGGGUGAAGGAUCGAUUGGUAGAUAGUUCAGAUGUGAUGAGGGAUUCAAAAGAAUUUUUUAGUUCAAAAGAGUUUGGUUGA